GAAGCAUGGAUAGAUAGGCAACACUAACAGCUGACUUUUGUUUUGAAGCAUACCUUGAAUUUUGUCCCAGCCAAGUUUUUUUCAAUAUAUUUUUGCUAUUAAGACGUUUUACAUAUUCAAAAUUUUCCGUUGCUAAUAACCAAAUAAAAAUCAGCAUUUAAUUAAAUUAAGUCCAAAAUGUCUGCUGGUGCUAAAAUAGCUUUAGCGCUUUCUGUUGGGUUUUCAGCGAGCGUUAUUGGUUAUGUACACUACAAACAGAGCAGCGACCGUGCUCGCCUCCAUGAAGGUGUCGUCCGCGAUAUUGAACGUCAACAACGUCGCAAAACUGAAAAUACAUACCUCCUGCAAAAGCAAAUCGACCUAACAAAGCAACUCAAGGAUAUGGAAAUCACUGAUCAGCAGCCUGCGGAAAUUCGUCAGAAUUCUAAUAUACAAUAAAAAUAUGUUAAUAUAGAUUACAUUAUCAAUAAAGAGUUAGUUCUAGUAAA